UUAUAUAAAAAAUGUACUCUGAAUAACUGUAAACAACAAUGUUUAUCUUUACGUAAUGCGGAAAGGCGAGUUCAGUCAAUACACGAUAGCCAGCAAGCAAACAGUAUUUUAUUUUAAACCCCAGAGUUUUCGUGUAUUCUACAGUGGCGACGAGGACUAAACCAAACAGAUAUUGUGAUUCGGUUAAAAUACAAUCGAAAAAUUAAAAUCGACGAUGAAUUUAUCAAGUCUUUCAACCCUGGAGAAUUUUGAUUGUGAAGGAGAAAUUUCUUCUGUUGCUUUAAGAUGGAGAAAAUGGAAAAGGGCUUUGAAUAUAUACCUAGAGGCAGCAAGUAUCGACAGUCCCGCAAAAAAACGAGCUGUAUUAUUACAUAUGGGGGGAAUAGGCAUUCAAGAAAUAUACUAUAAUAUUCCUGGGGCACAUGUUGAAACUUCCGUUGAUGUAGAUAUUUAUGAAGUCGCUGUUCAAAAGUUGGAUGAAUAUUUCGCUCCUAAACAAAGCAAGGUGUUUGAAAGACACAUUUUUAGAUUAUUGAAGCAAGAUCAAGGAGAGAAAUUCGAGAGAUUCCUCAUACGCUUAAGACACCAAGCAGAAAAGUGUCAAUUCCAGAAUUUGGAGGAAAACCUUAUCGAUCAAAUUGUGGAAAAAGGAUGCAACUUAGAACUGAGAAAGAAAAUAUUAGCAGUUGGAGAUAGCAUGACUUUAGAGAUGAUUAUAAAUGAAGCUAAUUCCUUAGAAUCCGUAACACGACAGCUCGGGGAAUUCUCAGGAAAUCCAGAUACGCUAACCCAGGACAUUAAUUUAUUGCAACAUAAGCCAUCUGGAAGUCGUCGUGAAGAGGAAUUUUGUAGGCGAUGCGGUAGCACAAAACAUUCUUCUACAAGUUUAAAUUGCCCAGCUGUAAAUCAAGAAUGCGGAAAAUGUGGAUUUAAAGGACAUUUUAUGAGCCAAUGCAGAACAGCUCCUGGAAAAAGAAAAAAUAAAAGGUUAAACGUCAUUCCCCAAAAGCGGCAAUCCAAAUUUAAAAAAGCGAAAAUGUCGAACGCACAUGCCAUUGAAGAAAACUCCGAAGAUGAAGGCGACUAUGUGUUCCAUAUCGAUCAAGACGACACACUAUCAUGCAAAAUUGGUGGAGUGAACAUUGAUAUGCUCAUUGACUCAGGCAGUAAAUGUAAUUUACUGAGCCUAGAUGCCUGGCAAUAUUUAAAACGUGAGAGAGUUCAAGUCCAUAACCAGGUAAAAAAUCCAGACAAAAUAUUUUUAGCCUAUGCCAGUAAGGCACCCUUGACUGUCGUGGGAUCUUUUGAAGCAUUUAUUGAUGUUGGAAAUCAGCCUAUUAAAGCCGUAUUUUAUGUAAUAAAAAAUGGAAAUAAAAAUCUACUUGGUAAAAGAACGGCAAUAGAGCUAGGUGUUCUAAAAAUUGGUUUACAUAAUGUCAAUGCCACAACAAGCCCAUUUCCGAAAUUUAAGGACACAGUUGUAGAUAUUCCAAUUGACGAAACAAUACAGCCGGUAAGUCAGCCAUAUAGACGAGUACCAAUUCCACUGGAAGAAAAAAUCAACAGGAAACUUAAGGAACUUAUUGAUUUAGACAUCAUUGAGGAAGUGGCAGGAUCAUCUAAAUGGGUAUCUCCAAUCGUUCCAGUAUUAAAGGACAACGGGGAGGUUAGAAUCUGCCUUGACAUGCGAAGAGCAAAUUCAGCUAUUAUGCGUGAAAAUCAUCCACUUCCAACGAUGGACCAGUUAUUACCAAAAUUUAGAGGUGCAAAGAUAUUUUCAAAAUUAGAUAUAAAAAACGCAUUCCAUCAAAUCGAAAUUUCACCAGCCUCCCGUCAUAUUACUACAUUUAUUAGCAGCAAAGGAUUACUACGAUAUAAAAGACUGAUGUUUGGCAUAUCUUGCGCCCAAGAAAUUUUUCAGAAAUUAUUGGAACGUGUACUUGCCAAAUGUGACGGUGUUGUCAAUUUCAUCGGCGAUAUUUUAAUUUUUGGAGCAACUCUAGAAGAACAUAAUAUGAGAUUAAAUAAUGUUUUAACAACCUUAGAACAAAAUAACAUCCUACUAAAUAAAGAUAAAUGCAUGUUUAGAUUGAGAAGCGUUGAAUUUUUAGGUCAUCAGCUCUCAGCAGUAGGUACCAAACCACUAGAGAGCUACAUAGGAGCCAUAAACACAUUUCGAGCACCCAAAACUAUUAUGGAGAUACAAAGUUUUGUGGGGUUGGUAAAUUACGUGGGAAAAUGGAUCCCUAAUCUAGCAACGCUGACAGACCCGUUAAGGAAGAUACUUAGGUUAAAAUUAGGAAAAAAUUCCAACAUAGAGUCCUACUGGAAGGCUGAACAGCAACAUUCGUUCAAAAAACUAAAAGAGACCCUAUCCAGCAUCAAAACAUUGGGCUAUUAUCAUCCAGGUGACAGAACCCAAGUCAUAGCUGACGCCAGUCCAGUUGGUCUUGGCUGUGUACUUAUCCAAUUUGACGAAUCUGGUCCUCGAAUUAUAUCAUUUGGAAAUAAAAGCCUGACAGCUUGUGAGAAGAGAUAUUGUCAGACGGAAAAAGAAGCUCUUGCGCUGGUAUGGUCAGUGGAACAUUUCCAUAUGUACCUAUAUGGAAAAGAAACAUUUGAAUUGGUUACAGAUCACAAACCACUAGAAGCCAUAUUUAAACCAACAGCCAAACCGUGUGCGCGCAUAGAGAGAUGGGUCCUUCGACUACAAUGUUACAAUUAUAAAGUAGUAUACCGCCCUGGAAAAUUUAAUAUAGCGGAUGUUUUAUCCAGACUGCCAAGAAUAGAAAAUAUAAAUAAAUCAUUUGAUGAAAAUUCUAUUUGCCAAAUACUAAGCUAUUCAAGACCUGUUGCUGUUUCAUUAUCUGAUAUCAAGAGAGCUUCAGAAAAAGACCAAGAAAUCACCAAAGUAAAAGAAGCAAUAUUUCAAGAUGUUUGGGACCAAUCAAUUAAUCAAUAUAAAAUAUUUAGUUCAGAACUGUGUUUUCAUGAAGGAAUUCUAUUAAGAGGUGACAAAAUAGUUAUACCAUCACAACUUAGGCCAAAAGUUAUGGAAGCAGCUCACGAAGGUCACCCUGGCAUCGUAGCUAUGAAGAAACGUUUACGAACGAAAGUGUGGUGGCCUAAAAUCGACGCCGACGCGGAAAAACUUGUAAAGGCUUGCAAAGGAUGUACGUUGGUUUCAGCGCCGAAUAGACCAAAUCCAAUGAAACGACGGGAACUGCCUUCACAGCCAUGGGUAGUUGUUGCCAUUGAUUUCUUAGGCCCACUUCCAAGUAACGAGUUUAUAUUCGUCAUAGUCGAUUAUUUUAGCCGUUACAAGGAGAUUAAAGUAUUAAAAGAUAUUUCAGCACAAAGCACGAUUAGUACAUUACAAGAAAUUUUCUCUAGGCUAGGGUAUCCAUCUUGCAUUAAUGCUGAUAAUGGCAGGCAGUUUACAAGCAUUGAAUUUAAAAACUAUUGUAAAGAAACCGGUAUCGAAUUAUUUCACACUAUACCUUAUUGGCCUCAACAAAAUGGCGAAGUUGAACGACAAAAUCGUGACAUACUAAAGAGAAUUAAAAUUAGCUGUGCUUUAAAACAAAACUGGAAAAGGGAUCUUCUCGAUUACAUGAUGAUGUACAAUAGUACACCGCACAGUAUUACCGGUAAAUCUCCAUCCGAAUUGUUUUUUCGAAGAUUUUUUAGAGACAAGAUUCCUAGCAUCAGCGAUCUAGAAAACAAUAAUUUAGACAGUGAAGUUAGAGACAGAGACAAAAUAUUAAAAGAACAAGGAAAAGAAUACGGGGACAGAAAACGAAAGGCAGUAGAAACUAAUUUGGAGCCAGGUGACAAAGUUUAUGUGAAAAAUUUAAUUAAAAGUAAUAAAACUUGUCCAAACUUCAAUCCAAGUCCACAUACAGUAAUAAAUAAAAAUGGAGAUGAUAUUCAAAUUAGGAAUGAUGAAACAGGUCAAGAUUAUCGAAAGAAAUAUAAUACAUUUAAAAGAAAAUUGAAGGAGAAUGGAAAGUCACUAAUAAACCAGAACAAAAUGAUAGUAGUCAUGAGCAUGACUAGGGAACUAUUGAAUGAAGUUAAAUAUAUUAAAGAGCCUUUUCAGGAUUCAGGUUCUGAAUUCGUACCUUCUUAUGAAGGAGCUAGUGAAGCUAGCAAUCUCUCUGACGAGGUUAAUGAGUCCAUUAGUGCAGUAUCAUCGGAAGAGAACGUUCAAAACAAAUUUCUGUCCAUUCAGUCUAGACUAGUCCACCUGCUUAACCGUGUAAAUAGAAUACCUGACACAAUUUUAAACGACAACCAGCAAUCUGAGAAAACCGAACUUUUGAUUGAUGUUUUAGCAGCACUCGAUACCUUAGAAUCUACGUCUCGACAAGAACCUCAGUUGAGCAAUCACUUUCGAGACCCUGAUGAUGAUGUGCCAUUACAUUCCUCACAUGUAUAUAAUUCUACUAGUCAAUCUGUUCCUGUUGUGCAUAGCGUCUCCCCUUCAAAAUCUCCAAACAUUGAGAAAUGGAAUUUAAAAUUUUCGGGCGACAUUAAAACGCUAUCCGUCCACAACUUUUUAGAAAGAGUGAAUGAGUUGCGCUUGGCACGUGGUAUAAAUGAAAAACAAUUAUUUGAUUCGGCCAUUGAUUUAUUCCCAGGAAAAGCCUUAAAUUGGUUUAGGGCAAAUAAUCAUAGAUUUUAA